CACAGCAAAAAUAUAUCGGUGCAAAUAUUGCAUAUACAAAAUAAGCAAAUAUUUUAUCUGGGUAGAACGAGUCUUGAUCGACCAUUUUCUCUUAAAAAUAAGGUGACAUCUCCGACACCUUUCUAAAUGAUUCAAAGGUUACAUUCUCAUUGGUCCAUGUGGACAAAUGUAUGGUACGGUACCAUAGAAUCUACUUAAAAACAAUUUGUCUAAAUACAAUCAAACGCAUCUGGUUCCAUCGCUUUCUAUAGUGACCCACCACUUCCAUCCUUUCAUUACUUUCGCGACCAAUCCCACUCAACCCUGGAUAUGGCCUGCCACAGUGACCAUGUCGUCGUCUACAACGAAGAAGAAGAUCCCGACGAAGAGGAUGACUAUGACGAAACUCCGCCCAAUGUUAUCGACAACGAAGACGACGAUGAUGGAUCCACUUCGUCCUCCAGCUUCGGCGCCGAUCCAAUCCCCCACUCCUCUGUCCAUCCACCGGCACCAUUGUCCUACUCAAAGCCCACCGUCACGGUGGCUGGCGUCCCUAGUGGUUCCUUCCGCCCCGAUCUGAUUCGAAAGCGGACGGAGGACAGUGUAACGGUCACCGCCGCCACUUCUACAAUCUUCGAGGAUAAGAAAUCGCCUGCCGCCGUUUUGGAUGAGUCGCGGAAGCUCUUUCAACGGCUGUGGACCGACGAGGAUGAAAUUGAGUUGCUGAAGGGGUUCCUCGAGUAUACCGCGCAUCGCGCGGCCACCAGCUCGUCGUCGCACCAGCACCAUGAUACGGCGGCGUUUUAUAACCAGAUCAAGAGCAAGUUGCAGCUCGAUUUCAACAAGAGCCAGCUCGUGGAGAAGCUCCGGCGCUUGAAGAAGAAGUACCGGACCGUGGCGAGCAAGAUGGAGACCGGCGGAAAAGAGUACGUAUUCAAGAGCACUCACGAUCAGGUUACUUUCGAGAUCUCGCGAAAGAUCUGGAGCAAUAACUUUGGUUCCGCCGUCCGUGGUGGGGGAGUCAUCGCCGCCUCCGUGGAGGACGGCGGAUGUGAAGAUUUAGAGUCAAACCCUAACCAUACCCUCCCUAAUCUUACAGAACAACAAAUUGCAAUCGGGACAGACUCAAAAGCACCUAAUUCAUCAAGGAAACGAUCGCGAGGACCAUCCACAACCCCGAAAAUAGAAGAAAAACAAAAGCCGUUGCUCUGCCAGCCAUCAUCUGGGGUUACUACUAGUUUAGCUACGCCAACCACAUCCAUCCCGAACGCCAACGCUUCCAGCACGGCGGUGAAGCCACUGUUCAAGGCAGUGACACUGACGCCGGUGGCCGCCACCCCACCAAAAAUCACAGGCACUUCCAUACCGGGCCUGAUUGAGGAAACAGUGAAGAGCUGCCUUUCUCCAACAAUGAUUGGAUGGAGAGGGGCAGGGAUGUCCACAGCGAUGGGCCAGCUGAUGCUGCCAUUAGGGUUAUUAUGGAGUGACCCAUUGAGCCCAGAAAUGAGGAUGAUGACUGACAACAAAUGGAGGAGGCAACAUAUGUUAGAAUUGGAGGUAUACUCAAGAAGAAUAGAGUUGGUGCAGGAUGAGAUCAAGGAACAAUUGGAGCAGCUGAGAUCCAUGGGAGGAGGAGGAAGUUGAUGAUGUCCCAAAAAUUUCCAACACUUGGCAUGCGGGCCCAUGGAAUUAACUUGGAAUUCAUAUUAGAUAACAUCUUUUAUUUUUAGGAGUGGGGUCAAUAAUUUUUCUCCUCUUUAUAGUUUUCAUCAAACAAACCAAACUAUUGUACUCUUGUAGUACAUUUCUCCAUUAUAUUGUUGAUGCAAAUAGCAGGGUGAAAGAUGGAAUAUUGAAUGAAAAAAACACAUUCUUUUCUGGUGAUA